AGUGCACGGAUUCUUGGCUAGCCUGUACAAUAACUGGAAUCGCUCCGCUACCUAUUUAGAAGGCGGUCUGACUGAACUACUGAGCAUGUGUGGCCACUGCCACUGGACACAUAAGGUGGACCUUCAGAGUGGCGGCUCCAUAUCAAGUAAGUAUCCAGAAUUCACAAUGGCGUCUCACCUGAAGUAUAUCUCCUUGGGGAUCCUAGUGUUUCAGACCACCAGCUUAGUCCUGACUAUGCGCUACUCUCGAACACUCAAGGAGGAAGGCCCCCGGUACCUGUCUUCCACUGCUGUAGUGGCUGCAGAGGUGCUGAAAAUUGUAGCCUGCAUUUUUUUAGUGUAUAAAGACAACAGCUGUAGUCUCCGUGCUCUGAAUAAAGUCCUUCAUGAUGAGGUAAUCAAUAAACCAAUGGAGACUCUAAAGCUUGCCAUACCCUCUGGGAUCUACACCCUGCAGAAUAACCUCCUCUAUCUUGCACUGUCCAAUCUUGAUGCUGCCACGUACCAGGUCACCUAUCAGCUCAAAAUCCUCACCACUGCUUUAUUCUCAGUGUCCAUGUUGCAAAAAAAGCUAACCAAGUAUCAGUGGCUUUCUCUGGUAAUUCUUAUGGCCGGCGUAACACUUGUCCAGUGGCCCUCAGACUCUCCCAGUGCCCCUUCAAAGGAAGUAUCAGUCAGUUCCCGGUUUGUGGGUCUCAUGGCUGUCCUCACUGCGUGUUUCUCCAGUGGCUUUGCUGGUGUCUACUUUGAAAAAAUUCUUAAAGAAACCAAGCAGUCUGUGUGGAUUAGAAAUAUACAGCUGGGAUUCUUCGGGGGUAUAUUUGGUUUGAUGGGCGUUUUUAUUUAUGAUGGAGAUCAGGUCUCAAAAGAGGGAUUCUUUCAAGGGUACAAUAAUCUGACCUGGACGGUUGUGGCUCUUCAGGCUCUAGGUGGAUUGGUGAUUGCUGCUGUGAUCAAAUAUGCUGAUAAUAUCUUGAAAGGAUUUGCAACUUCUCUUUCAAUCAUUCUGUCAACAUUUAUCUCCUACUUUUGGCUGCAAGACUUUGUUCCUACAAGUGUGUUCUUCAUGGGAGCAGUAUUUGUUAUUUCUGCCACCUUCCUCUACGGCUAUGACCCCAAACCAUCUGUAAACCCGAUUAAAGCAUGAAGUCUGCAAUGGAUGCAGUGAUUUAUUGUGCGGAGCGCCCCCUUGCGGCUUCCGCAACGAGCAGGGCUGUGCAAAGACAUCUAGCCACAUAUGCUGCUGAAAGCAAAGAGACGGCAGGUCACAGCACUGCUGCUCUUUCUAGUGAUGGACUCUUAUUUUAUUUUAACAGAAAAGUGCUAUAUAUUUUUUUUGCUAAUACUUGAACUUGGAGGCAUUGGGUUUUGUUUUCAGGAUGCUGCACAGAACUCACCUCAUCAGGUAUAUAAUAUUGUGUAUCUUCUAUUGGAGAUACGUAAUAUGGUGGUUUCUGGGCUGGUCUACCCACCUGCGUCUGACCUCAGAUUAGUACAUUGGUGCAGCUCCAUGACCAUUUUAUACUGAAGAGACCGAAGAAUACCAUUGGAUGCGUUUUGUAUAUAUUUGAAGGACUCGCUGUCUUUGCGAGAGGGAACAUCUUAUAUUGUAUAGACUAAAACGAGGGAAAUUACGGUAAAUAAAUUUUUUAUCUAA